AUGCGGUUCCAACUGACUGUGGCGCUUGUGCAAGCGGUGCUCUCCGCCAGCCUAGCUCAAGCUCAAAACUCCUCCUUCACUGAUACCCACAUCUCCCAAAUUCCCGAGGCAGAAGUUGUAGCCCUCGCUCAGAUUGUGCCUCUGCCCAUUCCGCCUGUGAAGGAACCUACCAAAAAGAUCAUCAAUCCAGUGACAAACAGGGAGAUAUGGUACUACGAGCUUGAGAUCAAGCCCUUCAGUCAGGCGGUCUAUCCUAACUUACGCCCUGCAACUCUGGUGGGCUACGACGGCAUCUCUCCGGGACCGACACUGAUUAUCCCUCGCGGAACGGAGUCUAUCAUCAGAUUUAUCAAUAACGCCGCUGCCGAAAACUCGGUCCAUCUUCACGGAUCUUACUCUCGUGCCCCUUUCGAUGGUUGGGCGGAAGAUAUCACCAACCCAGGGGAGUACAAAGACUACUACUACCCCAACCAACAGUCGGCGAGACUGCUGUGGUACCAUGAUCAUGCAAUGCAUCUUACCGCUGAGAAUGCCUACAUGGGACAGGCCGGCGCCUACUUGAUCACUGAUGAGGCAGAGACCGCUCUCAACCUGCCCACUGGCUAUGGCGUCUAUGACAUUCCUCUUGUUCUCUCUGCCAAGCAAUACAACGACGAUGGUACUCUGUUCUCAACCAAGGGUGAGACUGACAGUCUCUGGGGCGAUCUAAUUCACGUCAACGGCCAGCCCUGGCCGUUUCUCAAUGUCGAGCCGCGAAAAUACCGGUUCCGUUUCUUGAACGCAGCGGUUUCCCGCGCCUUUGCGCUAUACCUUGUCAACUCCAAUGCUGUGAAUGGAAAGCUGCCGUUCCAGGUCAUUAGCUCCGACAAUGGACUCUUGGGAAAGCCGGUGCAAGUCGCAGACCUUUAUGUCUCACCAGCUGAGCGAUAUGAAAUUGUGAUCGACUUCGCUCAGUACGCUGGCCAGAGACUGGAAAUCAGGAACUUCCCCAAGGCUGGCGGUAUCGGCGUUGAGGACGACUACUUGCAUACGGACAAAGUAAUGCAGUUCGUCGUUGGUACGACUUUAACUAGCCCCGACACGUCCACCGUCCCAGAAGUCCUCCGCACAGUUCCCUUCCCGACAUCGACUGACAACGUCAUUGAUCACCAUUUCCGAUUCCAUCGUACUAACGGCGAAUGGCGUAUCAAUGGCGUUGGCUUCGCCGAUGCAGAGAACCGUGUUCUCGCCAACGUCCCCAGAGGCAAAGUCGAGAUUUGGGAACUUGAGAACAGUUCAGAUGGUUGGUCUCACCCCAUCCACGUCCAUCUCGUCGACUUCAAAGUCAUCGCUAGAGACGGUGAUCGUGGCGUGAUGCCGUACGAAGCAGAGGGCUUGAAAGAUGUUGUCUGGUUGGGCAGAGGCGAGUCAGUCCUCGUUGAGGCACACUACGCCCCUUGGGACGGUGUUUACAUGUUCCACUGCCAUAACCUGAUCCACGAGGACAGCGAUAUGAUGGCCGCCUUCAACGUCACUGUCCUUCCAGAGUUUGGAUACAACGAGACCAAGUUCAUUGAUCCCAUGGAAGCGCGCUGGAGAGCAAAGCCGUACGUCAUGGCUGAUCUGCGCACUCGAGCUGGACCCUUCUCCGACUCUGCCAUUGAGGAGGCGGUGCAGGCUAUGGCCGCUACUGACCCGUACAGCAAGGUUGACGAGGUUUACAAGAACCUCGAUCAAUACUGGGCAUCGCAUGUAAGCAAGUAA